GUCUCGACCUUCGCUACACGCAGCACUCCCUCCAUAGCCGCCUCAUCCCGCACCUUCUCAACCACAACACUCCGCUCCGCUCCAAAAGGUCGCAGGACGAUCCAGGAAAUCAGGUCCCGAUACUUCUCCGGGGUAGGCAGACUCGCGUCAAUGACCGCAGGCUUCCUCUUCCUCGCUACCGGCAUCGGCCUCACAGUAUACUUCCGAUAUGAGAAGGAGCGACUGGCGCGAAAGCGCAUCGCGGAGCACACAAAGGGAUAUGGCAAGCCGAAGGUUGGCGGGCCGUUUGAUCUGGUGGACACGGAGGGGAGGCGCUUCACACACGAGGAUUUGAUGGGGAAAUAUGCUUUGGUCUACUUCGGCUUCACCCACUGCCCAGACAUCUGCCCAGAAGAACUUGACAAGAUGGCCGUCAUGAUCGACCUGAUCAAGAAGAAGUGCGGCGACGUCAUCACACCCGUCUUCAUCACCGCGGACCCAGCGCGCGACUCGCCCGCCGUGAUCAAAGAGUAUCUGGAGGAGUUCCACCCGGACAUCAUCGGCCUGACGGGCGAGUAUGAGAACAUCAAGAGCUGCUGCAAGUACUACCGGGUGUACUUCUCGACUCCGCCGAAGCUGCAGCCCGGCCAGGAUUAUCUGGUGGAUCAUAGCAUCUACUUCUACCUGAUGGAUCCCGAAAACGACUUCGUCGAAGCCCUCGGCCGCAACUUCACCGCCGAAGAAGCCGCAAACGUCGCUAUCAAGCACAUCCAAGACUGGCGGGGCCCGCUAGUAAACAAGGAGAAGAAGUGGUGGGACACGAGUGCGGCGUAGUCGCGAUCACAUGCGGUGUA